AGGAUGCGUUUUAAGAAGUAUGAACAUGAACCUCGAAGCAAAAUAACAAUACAAUAGAGCGAUUCAACGUUUGUUGAAACAUGGGCUAUUUUAAAGUUAUUGGAUCAAUAUUGUUUAUGUACUUCUUCCUAAAUGUCGCAGAAGCUCGCACAGGUAUGAACAUGAAAAAUACUUCAGUACAUAUUUCGUCAGAGACAUGUAAAGCGCUUCCUUAAACUUCACUUUCUUGCGAAUUGAUCACAUGCAAUUAUCUCAAUAAAACGUCGUUUAAAAAACUAAAAAACCUGCCCAGGCAAGUGGUCACAAACCCUCAUGUCAUCCUUGAUUAAGAUACUUGAAUUCAGUGUAUAAAAGUGGCUAUAUUUUUGGGUAGCUUUGUCUAAGACCAAUAUCACAAUUUUGCCAUACGAAAUGCAUAUUUAUACCGCAUAUCAACACUUGACAUUGGCCUGAACUUCUGGUAUAGUUUUAAGGUCGAUCAAGUAGAAAGGAUUGUUGUGUAGGAAAUCUGGAAUUAGAUUGUUAUCCUGGAGUAUGAUAGAAUACUCCGAUUUAUAAACUCCCUGAAAAAUAUUGGAGUGAUGGGCCUUCAUAGUUUGUUUGAAAACUACAAUGUUGUCAAAUAUGUAUUAAAAUACCCUGGCGAAGGGCCUUAUAUUUUUCCGGAAGUUCCUGUUUAAUUAAUUUAUAUAGCUCAUUUGUUGAUGGUAAACUUGCCAAUUGAAACUCUUGUCCCCUGUCUAUGCUGAUAUUUUAUGCAACAGUCAAGGUAAAUUUCUGUCUUUCCAAGAGUGUGCAAGUUUAGGUUAUUAAAGGCACAGUUCAGCCUUUUGAAUGAUGGAUUUUAAGCGCAUUACAACCCUUUUAAUUGAAAAACUAACUUGGAAAAUCAAUUAAGCACAAUUCAAAAUUAGUGAACUCAAAGUUUUUAACAUUCAAAAAGUUUAAAAAAUGUGAAAAACAUUGAGAUCACUGAUCUUGAUGUUUUGCUGUUAAGUUUUGUCAUUUUGAAAACAAUGCUUGUGAUGUCAUCCAAUAUUGUUGUUAAGGUGCCAUUGUGAUGUUGUCAAGGGCAAUUCUGCCAACUGUUCAAAUUAUUGUUCUGUUUUCAAACAAUGAUUCAACGUUAACCAAUCGAUCUGUAAUAUGGAGUCAUCUUGUAUUUAAAUUAUUCUCGAUUUCAACUUACUUUCACUAAAAUGUUCCGUACUUCGCAAAUUGUAAACUGAGCAUUUGAUUGGCUGGUUUGAUUUAGUAGCCAAUCAGAGGCAGUAGUGUAAUGGAACCUCCUCAGGUUGGCGAGUGGGGCGGGGGGAAGAGAAAAAAUGUUUUCGAACCAUAUUCCUUAAAAAUAAGGUGUUAAAGAAAUUUUCCGGAUUAUGACAAGUAAAAAAGUCACAAAAAAUUUCCCCUAUCAGGGAUAUUUUCAAGCACUUUAGUCUACUACCGUUUUUCAGAAGAAGAUUGAGUUUCUUUUGUGGAGGGGAAGACGUCAAAAUAUUUUGUAGUCAGGGGGCACACAUUCCAAAAUAUUUAGGACGGGUAUAAAAUAAACGACUUUUAUGUGUUUACAUGUUGGAAAGGGGAGUUCCUCAAGGCGCCACCAUGAUUGGCGCUGAGCGGGAAAAUUUUGAAACUUUGAAGUCUCUAGAUCGUUGGAAAUGGCAUUUUCAGACUUUAGUUUGGCCUGACAUCAUCACAAUGGCGCCUUGACAGCAAUAUCGGAUAUAUAGUAUUAUCACCCCCCCCUUCCUCCCCAAUUUCACUCGUUAAACCUUUUUGGCUCGAUUUUAAAUAUGAUGUAUCCUAAUUAUGAGGAUUUCAUGGUUGAAAAAACUUUGUUUUACAGUAACUUUGUCAACCAACGACUGUAACCUGGUUUCAAAUUUUCAAAUAGUGAUUGUAAAAAAGUCAAAUUUGCUACAAUUAUCCAGUUUAUCCUGAUAGAAGAAUGGAUAGGGUAAACAAGUCUAGUUAGUCAAGUGCUCUAUAUAUUUUGUAAUAAAUACUAAAUCCAGUGUUGAAUUGCUUAUGUAUGAUAAUUACAAUAUGACAAUAAUGAAUUUAGUUUUAUUUGACUAGUAUUUUUCUUUUUCCAGCUAACUGCACGGCUGUGAAAGGCUGUAAUUCAUGUCUAAAUUAUAAUGAGACAAAAGUAAGUAAACAUUGCUAUAAUUUUGGAAGUGUUCAGGGCUGCAAAUAAAUAUUUGACUUGACAGGACAUUUGUCCGAUCACUUUUAAUUUUGGUUGGACAUAACUUGAAUUUGGUCGGACAAAAACUACCAUCACUAAAUUUGGUCGAAACAUAUAUAUACGUCACAGGAUAUAUAUAAGUCACGAGACAAGUACGUAUGCCAUUCCGGCGCAACGUUAAGUAAAAUUAUGCUAGAUCGCCUCAUAAAUUUUAUUGCAAAAUGCAAAUUGAGUAAAUUUGUAAUCGGAUUUUGUCACGGCAAAAAAAAGUAUAAUGUGACAAUUUUUUUUGUGAUCGGACCAAUGUCCGAUCAAAAUUACUUUUGCUCGGACAUUUGCCAAAUUUAGUCGGACAUUGUCCGAUGUCCGACAGUAAUUUGCAGCCCUGGUGUUAUUGAAUAACAUUACUUAUUAUAUACAUGACAAAAUUACUGUCAUCUGAUUGGUUAAGAAGAGUGCAAUUCAGGCCUCGAAUUUCCCUGAAAUCAAUCGACGGCAAUGGCGUUAAAAAUUGCUGUAGAACAUAGCAGCUGUCUACGGCAAUUUCAGUAGUUUGCACGGGAUUUUUCAAAUUACUGUAAUAAAACUUUAAUUUUAUUGAAACUUUGGAUUUUUGACAAGCUAGAAACAUGUCUACGUAUUUCUUUAGUGUUUUUUUUCGAAGAAAACUGAGACUAAAAUAGCGAUUUACGCAUGAUUUGAUCAACAUCUGAAUUCAAGUAUCAAAAUAGUAAUGCACAGUGAAUAGUACAAAAAUUGCACUAUACGGCAAAAAAUUGCUGUGGUUGCCGCAAUCAUUUCAUUAAAUACGAGUACAAGAAAAUUUGUAUUGAUAAAGAAGAUUUUUACUAACUUUUGAAUGUGAUGGACGUUACAUGUGACGGAUGUUACAUAAUUUAAUGAUUAAUUGUUGUGCAUGUGUGUUUUAUCAGUUUUUCAUACUUGUUCAUACAUAAAGUAACAAAUAAGUUGUACUUCAUCAAUUCAAAACACUACCCUUGUGGCAGAAAUAAACUCUGUUAAUUUUUUUGUGACGGAUGUUACAUGAAAUUUGGAAUGUCAUAGUUAAAUUAAAUAAUUAUGAUUUAAUUAUUUUUUAAUUAAUUAACUACAUGUAUUUACAGUACAAAUGUCAUAUCUUUAUGACUUUAACCCAUUAAGUUGCAUUGCGCCCUAAUCCGUCAUUGCGCCCUAAUCCGUCAUUGCGCCCUAAUCCGUCAUUGCGCCCUAAUCCGUCAUUGCGCCCUAAUCCGUCAUUGUGCCCUAUUGAACCCCACUUUAUUAUUUUACUCAGUCUAAUGUGAGACCAUUUUACUUGUUAAGGGGAGAGCACUGGCACAAAAUGGGUUAAUUAUUAAAAUAAAUAUAUAAUUUCAAAAUGAUACUGGUGAGUUUUCAAGGUGUGAUUGCAAGUAUAGUAUAUCAUUAAAUAUAGUAUAUUAUAAUAUAGCAUUUGUAAAUUCUGAACGCUGAUUGGCUAAGAGCCGUGUUGAUAUAACUCCAUGUCAACACGGGAAAUUUUCCGCCGCUUGUAAACACGGAAAUUUUUUUUAUUCUUCGGGCUUUUGACAUUUCUAUAUUAUAAAACAAAUAUAAAACAUUUUUUCCGUAUUGAUAUAUCGUUAUAUCAACACUCGUGGAAGUUGGGAAAACUCGAAAUUGUGUGAAAACACUCCGCCCUUCGGGCGUCGUGUUUCCACACAAUUUCUCGUUUUCCCAAUUUCCACUCGUGUUGAUAUAACUGUAUAUCAACACGGAAAAUGUUUUAUAUUUGUUAAGUAUAUCAGUUUUCUUUACUUAACUACAUGUAUUUACAGUACAAAUGUCAUACCUUUAUCACUUUAAUUCUUAACCCAUUAAGUUGCAUUGCGCCCUAAUCCGUCAUUGCGCUCUAAUCCGUCAUUGCGCCCUAUUGAACCCCACUUUAUUAUUUUACUCAGUCUAAUGCGAGACUAUUUUACUUGUUAAGGGGAGAGCACUGGCACAAAAUGGGUUAAUUAUUAAAAUAAAUAUAUAAUUUCAAAAUGCACUUUCCAAUGGAAUAAUAGCGUUUCUGUCUAUUAACACAACUAUAUUGUUACUUGUAAUGUAGUGUUUUUGGUGUCAAUCCACUGAAGAAUGUAUAAAGAAAGACGGGGUUCUCCCCAAAGGAUGUAAAUCAGUAGACUGGAGAUAUUUUGAUAACUGUACAGGUGUGUUUUCAACUGAAUGUCAUUUUCAGUCUCAUCUACAAUAUACAUGUAGGAGUCUCACUUUUCACUAUUGUCUAAAUGUGGGCAGGCUGGUUUUUUAAACCACUUUAAAAAUUAAAGGUUUGAAACGCAAUUUGAAUUCAUAGGAUGCAAAUUUGGAAGGUGUUUUGUGAACUAUCAAAGUACCGGACAAUUUGAUGUACAUCACCCAAACUACUCAUCCUAAUAUAAAAGUUGCCACAAAUGUUGUGGAAUACUCAGUUUAGUGAACAUUUUGGAACAGUACACAUUUUUACACCCAGUAUUAGCGCGUUUCAGGGCCAUCUACCUGCCAAUUACCAUGCAGAAUGGGCAAAUACACACUUCCAUGCUGUAUGCUUGUGGUUAUGACUAAACACACUCGUAUUUCACACUGACAUUACAAUGAGUUAUUACAAAGACUAUUGGGGGUAUUUAAAGCUAUAUUUUGACAUCAAUACAGUUGCCACUACAUACAGGACAGUAUAGAUAUAUACAUAACAUAAACACAUCACAGAUGCCUUUACCGAUUUCCACAAACUAGAUUUUAGUAACUUUUUACAACGUAAACAGGAGCAAAUUCUUUAUUCUGUCUGUUAAUUUAAGUGGAAACAUUUUAUUUUGUGAACCUACACGGUUUAUAUAAAUAAUCAACCCAUGACCAUGCUCCUAUUAUUUUUCCAUGUUUUCCAGUUUUGGCUGUGGCUAAUGGACCAACUCAGGCUUCUACAGCAGCUAAGACUCUGAUGUGAAGCUCAAUAUACCUAGAAUUUCUCUGACCAUUUCUGUAACUAUUUUCUGUCACUUUUGCAGUGCCUGGCUAUGUGUGGGUGAUUGUGAUACCUGUUCUGGGCUGCGUGAUCCUUAUCGCCAUAUGCUGUGGCUUUUAUUGUUGCUGCUGUAGAUGCAAACCAAGCAAAAGAGGGUAAAACAUUUUGUUUGAGCGUUUUGUAACAUACAGUACAGUACAAUACAGUAUAGUACAGUGUGCAGUACAGUGUGCAGUACAGUGUGCAGUACAGUAUGCAGUACAGUGUGCAGUACAGUGUGCAGUACAGUGUGCAGUACAGUGUGCAGUACAGUACAAGAAAACAAAGUAAUAAAUGCAUGAUGUCCUAGACUACACCUCAUACGUGAACACGGUAUGGCUUUCCUUCAUAUUUUUCCUAAUAAACACUUCUAGACGUCCGACGUCUUGUCGUCGUCUUAAGGCCCAUACAGACCGGACGCGAUUUGGCAACGCGACGCGAAUUUUCAAUUUUCAAUGACAUUUAACAAUUAUUGAAUGAGGUUGAGCACGAUAUGAAGAAUUAUCAAGCCCGAAGUUUGCCGUUAUCAACCGAAGCCGAAGGCUGAGGUUGAUAACGGCAAACUGAGGGCUUAUUUAAAAAAUUCAAAACAAACAUUUGUAUUUUAUUUGUAUUAAGAAAAAAACAAUUCCUUAGUCCUUCGGCAGCCGUCGUCGUCGUCAUAUCAAUGGCGUCAGCGAGUCAAUAUGAUUCUCGUCGUCAUAGUAAUAUGGCGCAAACGCGUCCAAAUUUUUUUCAUAUUGACUCUUUGAGGUCAUUUUGCUAAUACGAAUAUGAAAAAUCCAUAUUUGGUUAGCCAUUGAGUUGAUAUGACAAUUUCACAUUUGGCUGUUAGCCAAUCAGAAACCAGGAAUUUUUUAAAUAAAUAAUAAUUAACUUUAAUAACCGCCCGCCACGCCAUGCAUGAUUUGCAAUCGCAAACCACUCGCUGAAACACUCGCCGGUUCCCAGCCAGAGGCAGUCACCCCCUGAAACCAUUCAAAUUGGCCGGUGUUGUGCACAUACAUAUGACGCUUACUAUAAAAACAAUAGAGUUGAUGUUCGCGGGCAUAGCUAAAUAUAUUUUUGGCCCGACUCAAACUCAUUUUAGCCCGAGCGUGGCGAGGUCAGUUAAAAUGAGUUCUGAGGAGGGCCAAGAAUACAUUUAUGCCCAAGAACAUCAACUGUACAGUAUUACUAUUAUACUGUCAUAGUUUUACAGGGCGAGUACAAUACAACAGAUAACAAAAUAGACGGCAAACAAUUCUAAAAUGCCGCCUUCACGCUACCAUUUACUGUAUUUCGUUGUCUUAAGUGCAAACUCGGUUUUUAUGAGCAGAAAAACCCUAAACAGUUCAAACGACAAAAAGAAGAAUAAAAAAAUAGUUUACAGAAUUUAUGAAGUGAUAGUUUUGUAUAAAACAAAGCUAGUUUCGUUUGUUAAAGAUUAAACUAUGGAUAAACUUACAUUCACACUGCCAGUCUGUCACUGUCUAUAUGAAAUGAUUUCUGCCACAACGUCAACAAUCAACAUGAUGAAUUGUUUUUCGAUGUUUUCGGGAAUGGAUUCUAGCUCAUUUGAUUUUGGAAAAUUGCUAUCUCUUCUCUUUUUUAUUCUUACAGUCAUUUCAUGGAUGAAAAGAAAAAAUACUUACCCAGAGCAUGCUAAAACAUUGUUAAAAACGACUGGCGGCAUGUAAACAAUGUCAAUGCCGGCAUGUAAACAAUGUCAUUUUAGCCCGCAAAGUACGUCACAACGCCCGCUAAAGUUACUAUAAUAAAGAUCUUAUUUCGAAUAAAAUAAGACGAACAACAAGUAGCUAUCUGUAUAUACUACAUGCUAUAUUUGUCAGUUCGCUCGCAAGAUGAACAUGUGUUCUUCUGAGUCCGUAUGAAACAAUUUCAGCGGUAUCAUAUAUAAACACCCGGCUUGAGGAUAUAGAUUCAUAUCUCGCUCUUUAUGUGUUAGGGUCAGCGGUUAUGGCCAGGGUAAGGAUUAGGAUCAGCAUUCAGAAACAGCGAGACAUGAAUCUAUAACCCGGCUUGUAUGGCUUAGGUGUUCAUGGGGGGCGAGUGCCUCUCGUAUAAGCAAUGGCAAGUGCUUUGCGAUUGCGAGUCAGAGUCGGUCCGAUCUGUAUCGUCUCUGUGGCUUCAGCAAGCCUCGUUUUUGACAGCCAUGUUUCUGAUGCCACGUUUUUGACAGCCACGUAUGCCAACUGGCCGAAAUUCAAUCGAGCCGUUAUUGAUAGCGACUGAUAGCGACAGCCGUUCUUGUUUGAAAUCACGAACGUGAACUGCAUUGAUUGCCGUUUUCUUGAUUUCAAAGAAGAACUGCUGACCCCAUCACUUGCCAUCUGUAACGGCUUGAUUCCUCAGUUGGCAUACGUGUUGUCAAAACGUCGCUUGCUUCGAGGCUUGUUUAUAGGGCCCUAACAUAAAAUAAAUGAUGAUCGUCGUGUCAUUCGUGUGCGCUUAUUUCAAAGCGUUGUCAAAGCACUAACACUGGACGAAAAAUGUCUUUAAAUCUGCUAAAAUAUUGCUACAAUUAAGGGCCAUCUUGAUUGUAAACAGUAUAUAUCACACCAUCUCACCAAACGCUAUAUAUAUUUUUUAUUGCAUACUCUAUCAUUACACGAUUUCAGAGCACAAAAUGAAGAAACAAAGUUUCAUCGUAAACGGUUUGAGCUGAAGGCUAAGCAUGACGAAAGGUAAAUAAUGAAGGAAAAGACUCUCUACCUUACAUUGGUAAUUUGUUUUGACGUCCGAUGUCAAGCGACUAUAUAUUAUUUGCUGCAAUAAAAUUACAGAAGACGUAAGAUAAAGGUUUCGCCUAUGAAUCAAUAACUGUAUAAUGGUAUAUAUAUAUACUGUAGUGUAGGUAUAGGACGUGGUUACUUUAUGUGAAAAUGUAAAAGUACAUGCAGCAGUACAUGUAUGGAAUGUAGUAUAAAGUUUAUGCGUGUUUAACUUGUUUAUGUAAUACUGAGUUGUCAAAUUUACCACCUAUAUAAUAAAUAUAUUUUAGCGACAUGCAUACAUGGUUCAUUUCAGCCGAGAAAAUCGAAGCUAUUAAAUUUAUGUAAACCAGGACGAAAUCUUUAUCCGAUUUAUUUUCUUCAUUCUUACAGACGGGCCGAAAGAAAAUUGAAGACUGACGAAAUUCGCAAGAAAUAUGGUAAGAAAUGAAUUUAACAGAAUGUGAUGUUAAAACAUAAUUGUCUAAUGCACGAAAUAAGAGCCGAAUUUUUGACUGAUACAGUGAUAGUUACAAACCAACUUUCUCAUGUGAUAUAUAGUACUGUGCGCCGGAGCCGGAGUUUUGGACUUUUGCUGGAGCAGGAAUUUGUUCAAAUCCGGCAGCACUUAUUUGUGCAAACUACUGUCGGACAUCGGUGAAAAACCUGAAUCCAUCGACAAAGUAAAUACUUGCAUUGAUACUGCGUAGGCUUGCCACAAACAUAGUACGAAAUGUUCAUGCGAAGUGUUAAAAUAAAAAACAAAGAUAGUGCUUCCACUUUCAAAUAUGAUUUCCAUUAAAUUUCGACGGCCCUGGAAAUUUUCUUGUCGGAGGCGGAGUUUUUUUCCUGGAUCCAGAGUUUUUUGGCCGGAACCGAAGGUGAAAAACCCAGAGUUUGCACAGCACUAAUGUGAUAUACAUAUAUAGGUUACUGUACAUACUGUAUACAGCAUAAUAUAAAGAAAAACUGUUUUAUUUAUGUCUUCAUUUUCUCUUACCCACUCAGGCUUGGAUAAAAAUGAUGCAAGUAGUUCAAGCAGAUACCAGCAAUUUGAAAAUGAUCCUGAGGUUUAACGCACGUCCUCUGGUAAAAACACUGUAUACCCAUACCGAUAACCUCAUGUAGUAUGCAUCAAUAUAUUGUAAUUAAAUGUAUCAUUGUAGUAUACCUUUAUAAUUUCUUUAAACAUUUUAAUAUCCAGUAGCAUUUCGCCAGAUUGAUUAAUUGGAUUACUUUUUUGCAUGAUAUAUACAUUCUGGUUACUUGUAGUAAUGGUAGAUUUUCAAUUUACAAGUUUUAACCGUGUCGUUGUCAGUUUCCUUGCGGUACCUCGAUAUAAUAUAGGAGACCUUUACAUAAUCAAACGUUGAUAUCCAACUGAAGUGGUUGCACAUAGAUUAUUAUAAUUGACGAUUUUGUUAUAAUUGACUGAUUUAUUGCAAACUGUAUAAAACCACCUGAAUUCUUUACAUUCAGGAGAAAAUUCCAUGUUUAAGAAAGUGUUAAAGCCAGGGCAUUUUUUGACUAUAUAACUACUGGGGCAUUUACCCCAAUAGGCCCUUUGCUUGCCCCAGUAGUGAAGCAAUAUUUUCAGAUAAGCAAUAUUUUCAGAUAAGAUUGAUCAUUAGUAAAAAGUCAUCCUUGUUGAAAAAGCUGCUUUCUCAUAUCCUCUCACAUUUUCGACAUUUCAUCUUAUAAAAGUCAGGACAGCAUGGUCCUUUAUGUACGCGUAACUGUGUGAGGAAAAAAGGCCCUCGUUGAGAUUUAGCCCCAGUAGUUGUAAUUUCUUAAAAAAUGCCCUGGUUAAAGCCCAGACAAACGAGGACGAGAGUUGCCACUCUCGCUUAUGUUUGACCAACAACUCUCUUCGACCCUCGCUCGUGGUUCAAAUUUUGAUUGGAGUUGAUGAGGAUUUUCGCUACGUGCUCAGUAAUAUCCAGUCAACUCUCACGCAAUGCCUGUUCUCGUGUGACCCGGGGCACGAGAGUUGAGAAAAUUCUCUCGCUUGCCAACUCUCAUCCUCGUUUCACCAGGGCUUUAGCGAUAAGUAAUACGAGCAACAAAAAAUUCCCAAACCCGCAACAACAACUGAUUUUCAUCCAUGCAUGUAAAAAUUUUCCGGGACUUUCAACGCAUUUUCGUAAACGUUUCCAGCUAAAAUGCGUUGAAAUGAGUUUUUGUUGGAAGCUGCAGGAAUCUUGUUGCUCGUAUUACUUCACGUUUAAACUAUAACAAACAAUAAGUUACGAAAGUCAACAUGAAAGCAUGAACUUAUGUCUGUUGUGUAUUUCUGUGUGUGACCUACAUACAUGUACAACUGGAUGUCAACUAUUUUUAUCUAGUUCAAUAGUUUUAUAAUUUUGCAGUAGCUGAAAUUUAAUCAAUUUAGUUUUAACGAUUGUUUCCACAAUGUUCGGUGACAGGAAUAUUGCUAGAAGUAGAAUUUGUGAUUAAAAGAUA